GUUGGAACAGUGGAUCAGGAACAGUCACAAAAACCCUGUGGUCCUUGCAGCUUGCGCUCUCAUUUCUCAUUCCCAUUUUAAGUCAAAAACCAACUACAGAGUUCUUCCAGCCUCACAAAAUAAGUAGCAUUCAGUUUUCUCUCGUAUUUGGCCAACUACAUCCACCAAAUUUAAUUUAAUUUCCUCUUGUGCGGUUAUAAAGUGCGAGAGCGAGAGCUGGACCAGAAGGCAAGACAGGAAUUAAUAUCAAUAGUUGUAGCGUGAUCGAUCGAGAGAGAAUGAGUGGUAAGAGUUACAUAGUAGAGGUUGAGGGAGCCAAGGAGGCCAGGGACGGCAAGCCGUCGAUCGGACCUGUGUAUCGCAGUAUUUUUGCUAAGGAUGGAUUUCCUUCUCCGAUGCAUGGCAUGGAGAGUUGUUGGGACGCCUUCCGGAUGUCGGUGGAGAAAAAUCCAAACAAUCCGAUGCUUGGUCACCGGGAGAUUGUAAAUGGGCAGGCUGGUAAAUAUGUGUGGCGAACCUAUAAAGAAGUGUAUGACUUGGUGAUCAAAGUUGGAAACGCCAUUAGGAGUUGCGGCCUUGAGGAACGAGGAAAAUGUGGUAUUUAUGGUGCAAAUUGCCCAGAGUGGAUUAUUAGCAUGGAGGCUUGCAAUGCUCAUGGGCUCUAUUGUGUUCCUUUGUAUGACACUCUAGGUGCUGGUGCUGUGGAAUUUAUUAUAUGCCAUUCAGAGGUUUCAAUUGUUUUUGUGGAGGAAAAGAAGAUUUCUGAGUUGCUUAAAACAUUUCCCAACGCAACAAAACAUUUGAAAACGAUUGUGAGCUUUGGCAAGGUUACACCUGAGCAGAGAGCAGAAGUUGAGAAGAAUGGUUUGGCUAUGUAUUCUUGGGAAGAAUUUUUGCAACUGGGAGAAAAUAAACAAUUUGAUCUUCCGAAAAAAAAGAAAAGUGACAUUUGUACAAUAAUGUAUACUAGUGGAACUACUGGUGAUCCCAAGGGAGUAAUGAUUUCAAAUGAGAGCAUUGUUCAUUUUAUAGCUGCAGUGAAAUUAGUUCUGGAAAGUGUGAAUGAAAAGUUGACUGCAGACGAUGUAUAUCUUUCUUAUCUUCCUCUUGCACAUAUCUUUGACCGGGCAAUUGAAGAGUUUUUUAUUGCACAUGGUGCCGCAAUAGGAUUCUGGCGUGGGGAUGUCAAGUUAUUGCUCGAAGACAUUGGAGAGCUGAAACCAACUGUUUUCUGUGCUGUUCCCCGUGUACUAGAUAGGAUUUAUUCAGGUUUGAAUCUGAAGAUUUCUAAUGGAGGUUUAUUGAAAAAGACACUAUUUAAUGUUGCAUACGCAUAUAAGUUCCAUAAUUUGAGGAAGGGGCAUACAACCGAAGAAGCAUCUCCUCUUUCUGACAAAAUUGUAUUUGAUAAGGUAAAGCAAGCAUUUGGAGGGCGUGUAAGGCUCAUUUUGUCUGGUGCAGCUCCUCUUUCUGCGCAUGUAGAAGCUUUCUUGCGAGUGGUCGCAUGUGCUCAUGUUCUACAGGGAUAUGGUCUGACGGAAACUUGUGCCGGUACUUUCGUGUCACUACCAAAUGAAAUAUCCAUGCUUGGUACUGUGGGCCCGCCAGUACCAAAUGUUGAUGUAUGUCUAGAAUCUGUUCCUGAAAUGGGAUAUGAUGCACUCUCAAGCACACCACGAGGAGAAGUUUGUGUUAGGGGUAAAACCCUCUUUUCUGGGUACUACAAACGCGAAGAUCUGACCGAGGAAGUUCUUGUUGAUGGAUGGUUCCACACAGGUGAUGUUGGUGAGUGGCAACCAAAUGGAAGCUUGAAAAUUAUUGACCGUAAGAAGAACAUUUUCAAACUUUCUCAAGGAGAAUAUGUUGCAGUUGAAAACUUGGAGAACAUUUAUUCUCUUGUAGCUGAUAUUGAUUCAAUAUGGGUUUAUGGCAACAGCUUUGAGUCGUUUCUCGUUGCCGUUGUUAACCCCAACAAGGCAGCUCUUGAACGAUGGGCAGCAGAAAAUAAUGUACCUGGAGACUUCAAUGCCCUUUGUGAAAAUCCUAAGGCGAAAGAGUACAUUCUUGGAGAGCUCGCAAGGGUUGGAAAAGAAAAAAAGUUGAAAGGUUUUGAAUUUAUAAAAGCUGUUCACCUUGAUCCUGUGCCAUUUGACAUGGAACGCGACCUCCUAACCCCCACAUAUAAGAAGAAGAGGCCUCAGUUGCAAAAAUACUAUCAGACUGCUAUUGACAACAUGUACAAGAGUGUGAACAAGUCCAAGCCCUGAUCUUGAAGGAAAUAUAUUUUUCAAGGAUCUCUAAAGAAUAUACUCCUUUGUUAUGUUAUACAAUUAAUUAUUAGUUUUAUUUUUUUUAAGUGGUUUUUCUUGUUGAGACUGUACUUAUGCUUACAUUUAUGUUCGAAUUAACUAAAAUGUUACUGAAUUUGGCUCCGUUUGGU